GAGGGCAAAGCCAUGGAGGGGAAAGAAGAGGCCAGAGAGAUGAAAGAGAGGCAGGCGCGAGCAGCAGGGAAGAAGAGGAUUGGCUCCCGUGUGCGCCCAUUGGUGACAGUGAUGACGUGGAGCUUGCUGAUUGGGUGAUCUCGGUGGGCAAUCCCGUGGGGCUGCCUGGCAGCAUCAGCCUGGGUGUCAUCAGCAGCCUGCACCGCACGGCCGCUCAGGUGGGAGUGCCGCACUCCUCGCUCCAUUUCUUCCAAAUCGACUGUGCCAUCAACCCGGGGAGCUCAGGCAGCCCCCUCGUGAACGAGUUCGGAGAGGUAAUUGGCAUCACAACAGCCAUCCGAUCGGAUGCUGAGGGAGUGGCAUUCGCCAUUCCCAUCAACCAU